UUAUAUUCUUCAAUCUUGUUCGGGUUUUCGUCAAGAGUAGGUAGACUGUAGACACCGUGUGCCUCAUAUCUGCUCAUAUACCUACGCCGCGGCGGACGCCUAAUAAACAACGCGCGCGGUGGCGGCGAUUUCUCAUAUCGCAGCGAUAUAUAUAUAUAUAUAUAUAUAUUCCGAUUUUUCGGCUUCACCCCCGCUCGACGGCGCGUGUGUGUAAUUCAAUUUGCAUUGCUUUCGCCGACCGGAGUUUAUCGCCUGUGUCUGCGAGUGCAGGAGUCAACGGAGCAGCUUGACGAGGACACCGGCGUCGCCGCUUUUCGCCGUGCUUAUAGGCCCAGCAGUCCUAAUGGCGUUUUUUCCACUAUGACAACAGGACUUUAAGGACACAUUUGAUUGAUUUAUGCUCUUGGCUCAUUACUUGAAAAGAUGAAUUUCUCUGAGCAAAAUGCACAGAGCAUACUGCCACAAUUCUCAGAGAUUUCACGCACAAAUGUCACAACAUCGAAUUAUGCAGCAAGUGGGAAUGAUCAUCAUCAAUCCAUUCAAAAUGUGUUCACAACUGCAGCAGAUCCUAAUCAUGUUAAACAAAUUUUAAUUAAUUCACCUACAAAAUACUCAAAUACAUUAUUAAAUUGGCCUGAUCCUAAUACGUUAAUGCAACUUUGUGAGAAGCAAGGUUUUCAAACCAUAAACAUUCCAGCCUAUAGUCAAAAUAGCACAGUUUUAAGUGUUCAGUCUCAUAAUUUGCCUAUGAGAAUUAUUCCAAAUGUUUAUGUGCCACCGACUGAUAAUAAUUUUGAGAAGAAUGAUUCAAAUCAUUUAAAAAAUGAUAAUGAAGAGGUAAAUAGUAACACAUUAAAUUCACAAACACUUCAGCAACAAAGUUUAGCCGUGGCAGAAUAUCUGCAAAAAUUACAGUCUACCACACUUCCAAUAACGUUGCAACAGUUAAUCAAAAUGCAAUCAGAACAAACUAAGAAAGAGAAGGAUGAUGAGCAGAAAAACGACCAAAUGCAAAAUAAUAUCUUAAACAUUCCAAAUGUGCCAAUUUACAAAGCUUCUCAACUGCAGAACGAUAGUCAAUAUAUAAAUAAUGAACAUUCUAUAAUUCCAUUAAAUCCAAGUGACGUAAAUGUUCACAUGGAGGAACAAACUGAAAAUCACAAUAUUACACAAAAUCAAGCUCAAGCUCAGAAUAAUAAAAUGGAGCAAACGACACAAUCUGAUCCAACAACAAAACCGGAGAAGAAAAUCAAAUUCAGAGCAAAAACUGGGGAAAUAAAAAUAACUAUAGCUCUUGAUGGAUCUACACUGUAUUGUUGUCCCGAGUGUAAUCUUGCAUUUGCACAAAAGUCUGAAAUAGAGCAACAUUUACAAAUUCACGUGCAGGAGCGCAAAUACCAGUGCAAGGAGUGCGGGGCCAUGUUGAAACGCAAGGAGCACCUGGACCAACACAUGCGUGGUCACUCGGACGAGCGACCGUACAAGUGCCCAAUCUGUCAGAAAGCGUUCAAGCGCAAUGAGCACCUUACUAGACACUACGUAAUCCACUCGGGUGACAAGAACUUUUCCUGUCAGGUUUGCCAAAAAGCCUUUUCGCGCAAGGACCAUCUUAAUAAGCACACACAGACGCACCUUGGCAUAAAAAAGCCCAAACUUAAAAAAGAAAGCGGUGUUCAUAUCGAGCUGCAACAGCAACAACAUCAGCAACAUCAACCACAACAGCAACAGCAACAACAUCAACCGCAAAUGAUGGAUUCGACGCCGACUGUCACUACCACUGCGGCAGCUUCGAUGCUUCUUAGGCCAGAUCUCAACAACUUCCUCAAAGAGGGAAACCUUAAACAAGACACAACACACCUACUUCAGCAUAUACAAAACCUGCAGAAAGAUUCGAACCUCUUCUCGGCCUUAAAAGAGCACGUGCUCAGAGAUACAUCUGGUCUCCCGCAACAGGCUGUUAACAUGAACGAGAUCUUGCCCCAGAAUACAAGGUACCUCAUGCCAUCCUAAAACCCUUUCUUUGCGGGUUUCUUAUUACUUUCCUUCUUCACCUUAUCUGUGGAGAGCAUACGGUCCUAUAAAGAAUCGUGAUAUUACCGCAGCAAUAAACUAGCAGGGGAAAAAGUAGCGAACGAAAAACGCUGCUAGGAGACUUUGUUGGGAGAGACACGAUAAUUUUUUAUAUUGACGGUCGGCGCGACUUUUAGAAUGAAUUGCUACCUUGAGAGUACGUAGGUGUAUGACGACUAGCGUUUACUUGAUUGUUAAGGUAAAGUGCACGAGGUGAAAUAGUCGAAUCUGAGCCAUAGUUUGAUGUGAUAUAUUGUAAAUAAAGCUGAUAUUUCCGUGUGGUAUUGAUAAUUAAUGAAAGCAAAUGGUAUUAACGUGAACAUAGAGUUUAUUGUCUCAUUGAAUGAGCGUUACGUAAAACUAUAUGAAAAAAAUAUUUUUUAUAUUUCUGGGCAAUAAUAGUGUUUCGAAAAAUAAUAAAGAUAUCUUCGAAUUGAUGAGUAUCAAUUUUCACGAAAUAAUUCAAGUACAAAACUCGGUGUAUAUGUAAGGAAAGGAAUAUAUUUUUUCAAAAAUAUCGAUGAAUUUAUUUUAGACUCAAAAAUUGUACAUAAAACUAUUUUAAAUAACAAAUCGUGAUUUGAAAUCACUAUUCAUAUUCAAGUAUUUCACCUUUGUAACUAAGCUAAAAAUGAAAUUAAUAGAAUAAAUUGUAGAUAAAAGUUUCCUAGUCGGAAACAUACUAAAGUGCUUUCUUGCAGGUGUAGUCGCUUUUUACGUACUCUCAAAAUAAUAAUUCAAUGAUUUUUUCGGAUAUUUUCGCAAAGUUUACAGUAAGUAAACGACUUUGAAUCCUAAAAACCAAAUGAUAUUUUGUUAUGUUUUAAUUAGUGAUUACGUUACAUAUUGAAAUAAAAAAAAAUGAAUUUAUGUAACAAUUUCUUAAUAUUUUUCCAUUUAUAUUAUUUAGUAGUUGUUUUUUUUUUUAUAUAAAGCAUAAUAAAGUGUAUAGUUGAAAAUAUUUCGGAAAAGUUAAAAUACAAUUCUUUCCAAAUGUAAAACUAGAAAAAUUAUUUUAUAAAUUUGUAUGGUUCUGCAUGAUUAUAUCGUUUUCGACAAACUCUUCUAGCAAAAAUAAUUGUGAAUUAUAAUUGUCAACUAGUCACUACUAAAGCAACAAGCAGGUUGUCAUAGGCAGUGACUGAGAUUACUCGUGAAAAAAGGGUUGUAUAUUUUGCAAUCUCGCAAAUUUUUAGAAUAAUGAAUAUGUAGUUUUAAGUAAGACAGAAAAAGUGACAAAACUUAUGAAACGGCGUUGUAGUCGGAAUUAAUUCAAAGUACCACUCAUUUGAAUUGAAAUGUAAAUGGCUAGCAGAACAACUUUUAAAUCUUUAUAAUGAACUGUAAUUAAAGUAAUAGAUUAUAUAUUUUAAAUCGUACAAUAACAUAUUUUACAUUGAAAUUUUAUAGUACUUAUUAUAAUUACUUGUAAUUAAUUAUAAAAAAAUAUAAAAGGCAAAGAAAAGUAAUGAAAACUUGCGUAAAAUUAGUUUUUCGUGAUUAUAUUUAGAUAGAUAAUUAAAAAAUCAGCGACUUAACCCACAAGAUUUUUAAUAAAAAAUUUACAUUGAUCUAUAUCUUUCUAUAUUUAAUCAGCUUGAAUUAUUGUAUCCAAAGCUUGUUCCAUGACAUUUAAUUUAUGUACAUAGUAAUUAAGUAAUUUCGUUUGUGUGAUUUAAUGUACAAUUAUAUUUUAUAUAUUAAACGUAGAUUGAGUCAAUCAUGCAAGCGAUUGCAAAGGGUUAAGUCGAGAAGGGAGUAGCGUGAAGUGUAAUUUGCGUGUAUGCAGCGAUAUAAAUAGGAAACGUGAUCUUAUAUCGCGAUAGAGAAUAUUUUUACAUUUGUAAAUCAUGUUCAAGUGCAGCAUAACAUUACGAAAGAAUUGCGUUCAUCCCUUUCUUGAAAGCGAUUAAAAAUUUAAGAAAUUGAUAAAUCUAAAAUAAUAUUCUUUGAUCUCUAUUAGGAUUCCCCUUAAAACUACUCAAUAUUUGUACUUUUAUUUUAAUAAAGAUAGUAAUAAGUUAUAUAUGCUGAUGUAAAAAUGUACUUUUUAUUUAAAUCCUAUAUUAAAAAAUGUAUUUUUCAU